GAAGGAACCAUGGCCAAGCUCCUUCUUGUUACAGGUCUGGCUCUUCUGCUGAAUGCUCAGCUGGGGUCUGCCUACAAUCUGGUAUGCUACUUCACUAACUGGGCCCAGUAUCGGCCAGGCCUGGGGAGUUUCAAGCCUGAUGACAUUGACCCCUGCCUGUGUACUCACCUGAUCUAUGCCUUUGCUGGGAUGAAGAACAAUGAGAUCACCACCAUAGAAUGGAAUGAUGUUACUCUCUAUAAAGCUUUCAAUGACUUGAAAAACAGGAACAGCAAACUGAAAACACUCUUGGCAAUUGGAGGCUGGAACUUUGGAACUGCUCCUUUCACUGCUAUGGUUUCCACUUCUCAGAACCGCAAGACCUUCAUUACCUCAGUCAUCAAAUUCCUGCGUCAGUAUGGGUUUGAUGGACUGGACCUGGACUGGGAAUACCCAGGCUCACGUGGGAGCCCUCCUGAGGACAAGUGUCUCUUCACUCUCCUGGUGAAGGAAAUGCGUGAAGCUUUUGAGAAGGAGGCUAUUGAGAGCAACAAGCCCAGAUUGAUGGUUACUGCUGCUGUAGCUGCUGGCAUUUCCAACAUCCAGGCUGGCUAUGAAAUUCCUGAACUUUCUCUGUACCUGGAUUACAUCCAUGUCAUGACAUAUGACCUCCAUGGCUCCUGGGACGGGUACACUGGGGAGAACAGUCCUCUUUACCAACUCCCUACUGAGACUGGCAGCAAUGCCUACCUCAAUGUGGAUUAUGUAAUGAAUUACUGGAAGAAAAAUGGAGCCCCAGCUGAGAAGCUCAUUGUUGGAUUCCCAGAGUAUGGACACACCUUCACCCUGAGGAACCCCUCUGAUACUGGAAUUGGUGCUCCUACCUCUGGUGAUGGCCCUGCUGGGCCCUAUACCAGGCAGGCUGGGUUCUUGGCCUACUAUGAGAUUUGCACAUUUCUGAGAAAUGGAGCCACUGAGGUCUGGAAUGCCCCCCAAGAAGUGCCCUAUGCCUAUAAGGCUAAUGAGUGGGUUGGCUAUGACAAUAUCAAGAGUUUCAGUGUCAAGGCUCAGUGGCUUAAGCAGAAUAAUUUUGGAGGUGCUAUGAUCUGGGCCAUUGACCUUGAUGACUUCACUGGUUCUUUCUGUGACCAGGGAAAAUUCCCUCUGACUUCUACUUUGAACAAAGCUCUUGGUAUACCCACUGCAGGUUGUACAUCCCCUGACCUGCCUUCUGAGCCAGUGACAACUCCUCCAGGAAGUGGGAGUGGAGGUGGAAGUUCCGGAGGAAGCUCUGAAGGCAGUGGAUUCUGUGCUGGCAAAGCAGAUGGCCUCUACCCUGUGGCAGAUGACAGAAAUGCUUUCUGGAACUGCAUCAAUGGAAUCACAUACAAGCAGCACUGUCAGACAGGGCUUGUUUUUGAUACCAGCUGUAAGUGUUGUAACUGGCCAUGAACCUAGUGUUAUUCUUCCCCAAAUUUCUGCACUCCCCUUUACUCCUCACUAGCUAGCUUCCAUUUAAAGUUAUGCAAUAAAAUUGGUA